AUGGAAGUAAGUGAAACGAGUAUUAUUCUAAUGCACGCGAUAUGUGUGAAAUCUAUGUUUACUAUCGAUGAUGAGAUUAACAAUAGUGAAAGUGAACUUGACUCAAAAUGUUCACUAGUAAUAUUACUCAUUUCAUUGAUCAUCAUCAAAAUGUUUCGAUCAUCGUUGAUUAUUCUUUUAAUAUUGAUUAUAUUAUUUACAAAUGGAAACAAUAUAACUAAUCCAAUACAAAAUACAACAUCAACACGUAAACCAGCUAGUAUUAAAAUAUGUGGUCCAGCUUUAGUUCAAAUGCUUGAUACAAUAUGUCAUCGAGUUAAACAAAUAUUAAUGAAACAACAAAAAUCAUCAAUAUCAUCAUCAUCAUCACAUGAAAAACGACAUAUGCUUAUUGAUGAUGAUCCAUUUACACGUACACUUUUAAUUAAAGAUUAUGCACAAUUUAAUAAUACAUUAAUUGGUGAUUGUUGCCUUCAAGCAUGUACACUUAAGACAUUAUUAAAAUAUUGUUAG